GGGCUCGGACGCCCCCGGCGCUGGCAGCGUCUGCCCUGAAGCGCGAGCGGGCUCGGGCGGCCGCCCAGGUGGCCCGGGCCGCGCUUCGCUUCAGAGGGCUGUCGACCCUGGAGAACGCCGCGAUCCUGCCUUCGACGGCCAAGAACUACCAGAUGUCCCUCGAGGCCCUCGCGGUCUUCUGCUCGGCGCGCCGCCGGGACUGGGGCUCGAUGGCGGAGCUCGGCGCGCUGCUGGUGUACUUCGACCAGAUGUACCUCCUGGGCGAGAACGGCAACACGGGGUCACAGCUUCUGGCGGCUCUCAGCCUCGUCAUGCUUGUCUUGUGCAAGGCGGUGCCGCGGGGCUGGCUGCGCAAGCGGUUCGUCUUUGUCGAGCUGUUAUGUGGCAAGGGUUGCAUCGCGGCCGCGCUGAAGCCAGAGGGCUUCGCGGCGAUCGGCUUCGACAUCAGCCGCGGGGCCCGCGAGAACCAUUUGGUGCGUGAGUUUUUUGGG